AGUUAAGUUGCCGGACUCUAGUAGACCCUGACGAGUCCCAGGAGUUAAGUCCUUUGUUUUCCUCGACGUGAACACUAGGUGGGGUGUUGAUAAAUAGCGGAGCUUCAUUCGGGGAUGAAGAUGGGAUGAUAUCAGAGAGCAGUUCUGGUAGUUAUAUAUAACCCCUCACUUCCUACCCCGCUGAUGCUCCUAUACGUAUAUAAAUUCGGGAUAACCUCCUUUCAACUUUUACAUUGGAAAGAGUUUACUUUCUUCUACAACAUUCAAAUUUGUUUUUAAAAUCAUUUAAAAAGUACCGUACCAAAUAUACAAUUCUAGUUUAAAAAAAGCACCCAAUAUAAAAACAUCCCCAAGAUGUCCCUAAAAUCCAACCGCGCCCUCCCCCUCCUCAACGCCGCCGUCGCCGGCAACUACGCCGUCCCCGGAAUCUGCUGCUACAACCUCGAAGGCAUCCUGGCCACCGUCCGUGCCGCCGAAGCCAAACGGUCCCCAGCCAUGAUCCUCCUCUUCCCCUGGGCCAUCGAGUACGCCGGUGGCCUCCUCGUGCAUGCCGCCGCCAGCGCCGCCCGCGCCGCCUCCGUGCCCAUAACGCUCCACCUGGACCACGCGCAGAGCGCCGAGAUCAUCAAGCGCGCGGCAGACAUGCAGCCGCUGACCUUCGACAGCAUCAUGGUCGACAUGAGUCACUACGAGAAGGCGGAGAACGUGGUGCGGACGGCGGAGCUGGUGGCGUACUGCAACGCGCGGGGGAUUGCGACGGAGGCGGAGCCGGGGCGGAUUGAGGGCGGGGAAGACGGGGUGGCGGAUACGGUGGAGGGCGGGUUGGAGGGGCUGCUGACGACGCCGGAGGAGAGUGGGGAGUUUGUGGAGACGGGGAUUGAUUGGCUCGCGCCUGCAUUUGGGAAUGUGCAUGGCGAGUAUGGCCCGCGGGGGAUCCGGUUGGAGUACGACCGGUUAAGGAGCAUUAGGGAUGCGGUGGGGGAUAAGGUCAGGCUUGUGUUGCAUGGCGCGGAUCCGUUUACGAAAGAGAUUUUUAACAAGUGUAUUGAGUGCGGGGUGUCGAAGGUUAAUGUCAAUAAGGUGGUUAAUAGGGAGUAUGUGCGGGUGCAGAGCGAGAAGGCGGGAAAGGUUCCUAUUACUGUCUUGCACGAGGAGGUAACGGCGGCGAUGCAGAAGGCGGUGGAAGGGGUGAUGGAUAUGUUGGAGUCGACCGGGAAGGCGUAGUUAGCGGUUUUUCCAUUAAUAUAUAUAUAUAUAUAUUUUUUUUUCUACUCCAUAGGUAUUGAAUAUAUGGUUAUGACACUGCAUUUUUACAAAUUGAUGAUUCUCCAUAUAUGUACAGAGGUAAAGAAUGGAACAGAAACAAAGAAAACAAAACAACCAACAAAUUGAAAAUAUGUCGACAAAAG